UUAGUUCAUUCCUUGCAAGGUUCCAUAUGAAGAAUGGUCGUUGGUCGUAAAAUGAAUUACGUUGUUACUUUUUUAUUGUGUUUGGUUUUCUUUGAGGUGAAUGCGGCGCUCUAUGAUCGGGUUAAUGGAAACGAACUUGACAGAAGGGCCAAACACGACCAGUGUACAAUUGAGACAAGACCAUGUGGGCCUCAUGAAGACAGGCGUAUAGAUGGGACAUGCAAUAACUACGGUGUUCCAGUAGGAGGAGCUGGUGGAGGACCAUUUAGGAGAAUGGCCGUACCUCAUAGCAAAAAUACUGAUUUCCCAUCAGCAGGCAGCAUAAAAAAGACUUUAUUAUCAAUAAGAAAAGGAGGUGAUAACCAAGGAGGAUAUCUCACUUCUGCUGCCUCAGGGUUCAUUAAUUUCAUCAAAAAUGAUAUCAGUGCUCUGAAUACGUCUGCUAAUGGCAAACGUUGCUGUGGUAAAGAUGAUAAAGAAGAUUCGAGAUGUUUACCUAUUUUCGAAUCUGGUGAUGAUGAUAAAACUAGUGACAAAUGCAUGGAGUUCUAUCGUGCUACAACUUUUAAAGAUUUGGGAUGUGCCGGUGACUAUCGCGAACAGAUAAACUUUCAAACGCCUACUCUGGAUCUGUCCUUAAUAUAUGGUAUUAAUGACAUCUCACAUAAACCUGUAAGAAAAGGAGAAGAUGGCUUAUUAAACGAAAUAAAAAAUAAAAAUGGUGAUGCUGGAAAUUUAAACCAGGAAACUGGACCGAAGAGACUGUGUAUCCCAAAUAAAAAUGAAACAGCAUGUUACACAUUUGGUUCCCCAAAUGCAAAUAACUUCGACCUGAGUACGACGAUCCUUAGCAUAUGGUUCAUUCGGGAACACAACCGCAUAGCCAGCGCUCUCCACCGGCUCAACCCUUGCUGGAAAGACGAUAGACUCUUCAAAGUUGCCAGAAGCAUUAAUAUUGCCACUGCUGCCAAUAUAUUUCUAUAUGAACUACUACCUUUGAUCAUGGGACAUAGAAACAUGUUUAACUCCGGACUUCUAUCUCAGCAAAUAGACUACGUGACUGUUUACGAGGACGCGGCGCCACUAGUCUACGCCGAGUAUGAAAUUGCUAUGAACUUUUUCUUAACACUCCAGAAUGGCCGGAUAAAGAAAUACGAUGAUAAUAAUAGAUACAUUGGGGAAUUACCUUUCAAUGAGACCCUUUUCAACCAAGAAUUAUUGGAAAAGGGAAAAAAUUACGAUGAGAUCAGUCGAGGACUGUUUCUACAGAAUGCUGCUAAAAUUGACAACAAACUCGAUCCUGAGAUUGGAGAAGCCAUUUAUAAUGGAAAUGAAAGCACCCCUGACGCCUUUACGGCCGGCAUACAAAGGGGCAGAGAUAUAGGUGUGCCCGGCUAUAAUGCCUAUCGGAAAAUAUGUGGAAUGACAGCUGCUAAGAAGUUCGACGACUUUUUGGACUCCAUGCCAGCGGAGAAAGUUGAGGCCCUCAAAAAGUUAUACAAAACUGUCGAUGACGUGGAAAUGAUUCCUGGUAUAUUCAGUGAGAACCCAAUUCCCAAUACACUAAUAGGAACCACGUUGUAUUGUAUCAUCGCCAAACAAUUGCAGUUGUUUAGAUAUUCCGAUAGAUUUUGGUUUGAAAGAGGGGAUCAAUUUCACAGUUACACAUUACCUCAACUACAAGAAAUUAGGAAAAGUAACCUGGCAAAAGUUGCAUGUGACAAUUCACAAGCGAUCGAAUUCAUACAACCGCAUGCCUUUCGAACUACUGGACCCGGAAACAUGCCUCUACCUUGCUCGUUCAUCUCAGGGUUGGAUCUCACAGCGUGGUGGGACGCCAACUGCGACAGAGACAACCCCCCGAGAAAGACCUCAUUCCCAGUUCCCAAGGGAAACCAACCGACAUCAUACAUGGAAAUGUUAACAUUUUUUGACGAUAGGUUAAGAAAUAGUAAUAUUUCCAGAGUAUUUUACCAUAAUUAUUAAAAAUUGUUACUAUUGUAUAAACUAAUUUUAUAUAGAGUGAAUCUAUAAUUUAACACUAGGACAGGUAAGAAUAGAGUAGUUGCAAGGCUAAAAAUAAAUACUUAAGUAAAAUAAUAUAAAAA